UUUUAAAUUUUGACCACUCGAUGCAACUUUGCGCGGGUCCUGCGAAAUAGCCGGUUGUAAUUUCGUAUUAAUUGUAUGUAAGCACAAUGGGACGAAUAGAUGAAUAAAUUACAACUUUCGUUUUCGAUCCCGUCGCCAUAUGACUGGGCCAGAUGGCCAGAUCCUCAAACGCAGAGUGCACUGAUUGUGAGUGCAGGCGUUAACGAAACUCACUCCCCCCUCCUUCCAUUAGGAUCUUCGACCACGCUGCCGAGCGUGUGGUGAGUUUUCCGGCGUGGUAGUUGGAUAAAAUAAUUCGCCAAAGGCCAAAUGGGACGCAAAGCAAAGUUCGAUAGAGACCAAGCCGCCAGCGGUCGUGGUAAGAAGGCGAAGAAGCAGAGCGAUCCAACAUUCCCGAAGGGAGUUCUGGUUAAAGAAGCUAACAAGUUGAGUCACCGGCAGAAGCAAAGAGCAAAGAAGAGACUAUCGAAGAAUCAACAGGUGAAAGAAAAUGCGAAGAAGUUGCUCGAAAAGAAAACCAACGCGGAAGAGCAACGUGUACAGUUAAAAAAUAAGGAAGAUAUUUUAAAGCAGCAGAAACAGAAGACAGAGAAAAAGGUGAAAUUCGUCAGCGACCACCAACAUGAGAUGAAAAUCCAGCCUGAUGUAGGACCAAGACUAGAAACGAAAGAAAAGCAAAGCAAGAAGAAAAAUAGGGCGAAACAAAUAGGCAUCAUCACGAAAGUAGGAAGUAAUAGUGGCAAGAAUCGUCACAGUAAAGGUGAUCAGGUGGAAAUACAUUCUAAUAAUCAGGUAUCCAAACCGGGCAAGAAAACAAAGCAAAGUAAAAAAGUAAAAAGUAUGAAAACUACAGACAUUAUAGGAAGCGAUAGCGAUAAGGAUGAUGCUAGCGAAGACGAAGAAAUAGGAAUGUAUUCUAAUAAUCAAGUAGCGAAAUUAGGCAAGAAAGCGAGGCAAGGCAAAAAAAUGAAGAGUGUAAAAACUCGCAUUACAGAAAGUAGCGACGACGAGGAUAACAGCAAAGAUGAAGACAUGGAAAUGUAUUCUAAUAAUCAAGUUACUAAACCAGGCAAGAAAGCGAAGCAAAGCAAGCAAACGAAAAGCAUGAAAGCUAAGACUAAUACAAAAAGUGAAGGUGAUAAUGAUAUGUUAUUUAGUGAGGAUGAUCAUGAAACUGAAGAAUAUGAAAGUGAGCAAACGGACGAAGAGGAUGAGAAUACGAGCGAGGAUGGCAAUCGGUUGCUCUCGACUGCGAAAUUAAAGAAAAACUUGAAGAAAACAAAACAAAAGUUUAUGAAGGAUAAUACAGAGAGCGACAGCGAAGAAAUGGCGUUCAGUGACGAGGAGGAGUCGGUUGAAGACGAGCAAAUGGAGGAAGAAGAAACGGAUGGUGAUGACAGUGACGACGAUAAUUUACUUCCAAUAGAAAAAGCUAAUAAGAAAUUGAAGAAGAAAAAAGAGGAGGAAGAAAAGCUUGCCAAGGAAGAAAUGGAUGAUAUGAUGGCACAUCAAGGUGUGUUCUCCUUUCCGACUGAGGAGGAACUUGCCGACGUUACUAGCUUAAAAGAUAUUCAGCAACGAAUACGCGAUGUCGUUAUGGUAUUGUCGGAUUUCAAGAGAUUGCGGGAGAAAGAUAGACCGCGUGUCGAAUAUACCGAGCUACUUCGGCGGGACUUGUGUACAUAUUACAGUUACAACGGUUUCCUAAUGGAAAGGUUGAUGCAAAUAUUCCCGCUGGACGAGCUGUUAGAAUUUUUAGAAGCGAGCGAGGUACAAAGACCCAUGACUAUCCGCACGAAUACUUUGAAGACGCGACGACGCGAUCUAGCCGAGGCCCUCAUCAAUAGGGGCGUCAAUCUCGACCCGAUAGGAAAAUGGACGAAGAUCGGUUUAGUAGUGUAUUCCACACAGGUGCCUAUGGGCGCGACGCCGGAAUAUCUAGCUGGGCAUUAUAUCAUACAAGGUGCCUCCAGCUUCUUGCCCGUGAUGGCCCUGGACCCGAAGGAGAAUGAACGAAUUCUCGACAUGUGCGCUGCGCCGGGCGGCAAGGCCUCGCACAUUGCCGCUAUUAUGAAAAACACCGGAAUACUAUUCGCAAAUGACGUAAAUAAAGAACGAUUGAAGGCUGUUGUUGGCAACUUCCACAGGCUCGGCAUUAACAAUUCUGUAAUCUGCAGCUACGAUGGACGAAAGUUCCCUACGGUCAUGAAGGGCUUCGACAGAGUCUUGUUGGAUGCUCCCUGCACGGGUACAGGAGUAGUUGCCAAAGAUCCCAGCGUGAAGGCGAGCAAGGCGGACGUAGACAUUCAACGUUGUAGCACAUUGCAGCGAGAAUUAUUGUUAGCUGCGAUUGAUUGCGUUAACGCGCGCUCGAAUGCGGGUGGUAUUAUUGUUUAUUCGACUUGCUCGAUUCUACCGGAGGAGAACGAGUGGAUCAUUGAUUACGCCCUUAAAAAGCGCGACGUCAGGUUGCUGCCUACCGGCCUGGAAUUUGGAACCGACGGUUUCACGAGCUACAGGCAACAUCGGUUUCAUCCCUCGCUGAAGCUGACCAAACGGUUUUACCCGCACGUACAUAAUAUGGACGGUUUCUUCGUAGCAAAGCUACAAAAAUUCUCCAACAAUGUGAUUAGUCAGAAACAUGUAAAAGAAGAAAUAUCUGAUUAAAGUUUUCUUCAAAA